AUGUCGAUAGUAUUGUCGGCGGGUCGAGGUGUGACCCAAGUGGUCGAACGGUGCGAAGCGGCCAAAGAAUCGGGUUAUUUGGGUGAGUCUUGCCCGUACGUAACACUCUCGCCAUUUGAAUGUUUUGAGAUUUGUCCUCUUGCCAACUCAUGUACAUUGCGGACGCCGUCUAUAUGCUCACAAAAGGUCAUGAAAUCACACGGGUACGCUGGUUUUUUUCUCUAAUCCGAAGAAUGUAUACAAAAAGUACUGUUUAGGUUAGCAUUCAGGACAAUCUGAUGAAAAAGUUCCCAAAAAAGUUUGUGAUCAAGUUUCCGACGGCUACUAGUAAGCUUCGAGAAGUGCUUUUUUUUAAAAAGAGAAUGUCAAUGUUUCAGUUCUGAACAUGGCCAACAAUCAAAUCGUGGAAAUUCCUGAAGACGUGACGGCGUGGACUUCGUUGAAAGGAUUGAAUGCGGCGAAAAACAACAUUUCCACUUUUCCUGAAUCCAUUUUCAGCCUUCACAAUCUGAUCUAUCUGGAUCUGCGUGACAAUGAGAUCGCAGGUAACUUCCAACUUCUAGAUGAUGCGUCGAACUUCCAACUCUUCAGCUCUCGACGUGGACCGUCUGUACUCCUCGCUUCCCGCCCUCAUCAAACUAAAUCUAUCCGACAACCCGCUUUCAGAACAAAUCAAAUCGAAACUGAAAAGCGAUAAACCCGAAAAGCUUGAGCUUCUCAUUUGA